GCAGAUUGCCAAGUCACAGCCACACUGUUCAUCAUAGGCUACAGCAUAGUUCUUAGACCCUCCUACACUCGCUCUGCGUCAUAGGAUGUGAGUGGUGUUUGGGCGAGGUCUGUCGCAUGUCGCUCUCCCACGCACCUUCCGACUGCCGCAGCUGCCGGCACACCAAGUUCUCCAUAAAUGGAGGCAAUGCCCAGAUUGCCACAAUAUCUGCGGCGUCAUCGAAGCUAGAGAGCUUCCUCAAGAUUACAAAUCACAAUGGCCGCCUCAUACCAUAUCAAACAGAAAGAAACACGAGUUCCCUCGUGUACCCUGAAUAUCAUCAUCGCUGGCGCCGGUAUAGCCGGACUCGGCGCUGCCAUCAGCUGCCUCCUGGCCGGACACAACGUUCAAAUCCUCGAAGCGACCUCCGAGAUCAAACAUGUCGGCGCGGGAAUUCAGGUUCUUCCCAACGGCUCGCGGAUCCUGAAACACUGGGGACUGGAGGAGAAACUCAGCAUGCACUGGGCCAAAGCGGAGGCCUACCGCGUCUUCGGCUGGAAGGGAAACCAGAUCACAAGCAUGAAUGUCCAGGACACAGCGGGCGCAUACCCAGGCACUUGGUUCCGCGCGUUCUAUCGACCAUAUCUACAACGAACUCUGCUAGAACGGAUUGUCGAGCUGGGAGGCAAUUUCACCUGCAACGCGAAGAUUGUGGAUGUUGCAUUCGGUGGCGAUGGGUCCACGGCAACUAUCACCACAGCGAGUGGUCGACAAUUCACAGCUGAUCUCUUCAUCGGGGCGGACGGUAUCUUUGGAAAGCUGGCGGACCUGGUGCUGGACCAUCCGACGCCACCGACCAAGACAGGCGACUUGGCGUAUCGAGUGAUGCUGGCGUCGCCGGAUAUUGUGAAGGAUCCAGAUCUGGCGGAUUUUGUGACGAAGCCGAAUAUGAAUUUCUGGUAUGGGCCGGAAAAGCACGUGGUGGCUUAUCCUCUGAGUAAGGAGCUUUUCAACAUGGUCCUGCUUACUCCUGAUGAUAUUCCCGAGGACUCAAAGGCAAGUACCGUGGCGGGCAACGUGGAGGAGAUGCGUUCCUUGUUUAAAGACUGGGACCCUCGGAUAUCGAAGCUUCUCAAGCUGUGCAAAUCUGUUCACAAGUGGCGACUCUGCACCCGGUUCAACACGGGUGGUUGGGCCCAUCCUUCGGGAGCUGGCGUGAUGAUCGGGGACAGCGUUCACGCAACCCUUCCUUAUCUUGCCGCUGGCGCAGGUAUGGCCCUCGAAGACGGUGCCGUUCUGGGAGAAUGCCUCUCACGCCUCCCCAAUGAUCCACACACCACCAAGUCAUCGCGCGACUUCCUUCUCGCCAAGCGACAUGCAUUGGCAGUCUUUGAAAAGUGUCGCAAACAACGAACGCUCAUGGUGGUCACGCGAUCGAACGAGCAAAAAGAUCUUGAGCACCUAGCGGAUGGCCCGGAACAAGAGCUGCGCGAUAGACAGAUGCAGAUGGUCCCAACGCCGCCCGGAGAAGCGCUGGUGUGGCGGGACCCGGCUAUUGCUCCGGAGCUAUUUGGCUGGGAUCAUGUAGUAGAGGUUAAUUCGCAUUGGGGCAUUCCGAGCAUACCCCAUGCUACGACAGUGGGUGCUCGGGUGUCACGUCUGUAAACGGGAUACACGUUGCUGCAUAUUUAUCCCCCAUUAUCUUUUAGUGACCGUUUGAGACGCAGGCUUAGCACUUCUCCUUCAUGCUCUCUGGUAGGUUACUGGUAAGGGAUCAAGAACUCCCACCAGGAUAUAUCACCUCAAUGAGUCACCGCCAACCCAUAAGCGCAUGUGGUAUAUCCUGAUUCUUACUUGAGAACUAGCAAAGCCAUCCACUAGUUUUGACAUCAACCUUGGAGUAAGACGAGACAAUGGGAUAAUGUCAGGCAUAUGCGAGAGAGAAAGAAGAGGAAGAGCAAUGGUCGAAC